AACCCACGUCUGUCCGUCUGUCUGUCUCUCUCUCUCUCUCUGCAACUCUCCCCCCCCCAUAGCCACCGCUCCCUUGAUCGAUCCUCCCCAUCAACCGAACCUUCGACCCCAAUCCUAACCCCCAUCUUCUCCCUCUCUUUCUUUGAGGGCUCCCUUCCGCAGCUCAGCCGCCGGACAAACCCAUCACGGCAUAGUGCCGUAACCGGGAAGAUCAGCAAUGUCGUUUGAGGUGGAAGACGACGAGGAGUCCCUUGAGCACACCCUUCUCGUCGUCCGCGAGGUCUCCGUCUUCAAGAUCCCUCCCCGCCCCACUUCCGGAGGCUACAAGUGCGGCGAGUGGCUCCAGUCCGACAAGAUCUGGUCCGGCCGCCUCCGCGUCGUCUCCUGCAAGGACCGCUGCGAGAUCCGCCUCGAGGACCCCAACUCCGGCGAGCUCUUCGCCGCCUGCUUCGUCUAUCCCGGCCAGCGGGAGAACGCCGUCGAGACCGUUCUUGACUCGUCCAGGUACUUCGUGCUGAAGAUCGAGGAUGGCCGGGGGAAGCACGCGUUCAUCGGGCUGGGGUUUGCGGAGAGGAACGAGGCAUUCGAUUUCAACGUCGCCUUGUCCGAUCACGACAAGUAUGUCAAGAGGGAGAGUGAUAAAGAGGCGUCUAGUGAUGAUGCCAGUGCCAGCGAUAGCCACAUUGAUAUCCACCCUGCCGUAAAUCACCGAUUGAAGGAGGGUGAAACAAUCCGGAUAAAUGUGAAGCCCAAACCUUCUAGUGGGACUGGUAUGCUUUCUUCUGCUGGGCUAUCAGGUGGGGUUUCUGGAAGUGGAAAACCAAAAGCUCUGCUCAGUCCACCACCUAGCGGAGGAGGGACGGUUAGGACUCCUCUUCCUCCCCCUCCAAACGAUCCGGCAGUCACCAAGAGGUCUUCAUCCAGUAAUACUACCAGGCGGAGUACUGAUCCUUUAUCAGAUUUAUCUCCAUUGGAGAGAAACCUGCCAUCCUCAGCUAGUUCAGGUUCCGCAAAGACCUCGACAGCAUCGGGAUGGGCUGCAUUCUAAUGGUUGGUUGGAGAAGGGUAUAUGAUCGCUACGUAUACAUAUUAUUCUUAUGUGAUUGUUACAUCGAGAGAAUGAAAUUGUUGGAAGAGAUGAAAGAGUUGAUUGUUUUCUAGGCCAAGAACUAAUUAAGUACACAAUCCGUGUUUCUCUAAAACAACAUUGAUCGAUGUGCUUGUAUGAAUUCUACCUUUUUGCCCCUCCCUUAAUAUACCUUCAUCACAUGAAAUAUAAAUUCAUUCUCGUUCUUUUC